AUGACGAGUUUAUUUGGUAAAAUUCGGAAUCUCGACGCGUACCCUAAGAUAAAUGAGGAUUUCUACAGCAGAACCCUUUCUGGAGGUGUCAUAACUAUCGCUUCCUCCAUAGUCAUGCUCCUUCUCUUCAUUUCCGAGCUCAGACUGUAUCUUCAUGCUGUAUCUGAGACAAAGUUAGUGGUAGACACAUCAAGAGGAGAAAGACUCCGCAUCAAUUUUGAUGUGACUUUUCCAGCACUUCCAUGCUCCAUACUCAGUCUCGAUGCCAUGGAUAUAAGUGGAGAGCAGCAUCUUGAUGUUAGACAUGACAUCAUUAAGAAAAGGAUCGAUGCUCAUGGUAAUGUAAUAGAGACAAGGCAGGAUGGUAUUGGUCAUCCCAAGAUCGAAAAGCCUUUACAAAGACAUGGAGGAAGGCUUGAACACAACGAAACGUAUUGUGGCUCGUGUUAUGGUACAGAAGCGUCAGAUGAUGAUUGUUGUAACUCCUGUGAAGAAGUUCGUGAAGCAUAUAGAAAGAAAGGCUGGGCAAUGUCCAACCCAGAUCUGAUUGACCAGUGCAAAAGAGAAGGUUUUCUUCAACGGGUCAAAGAGGAAGAAGGUGAAGGGUGCAAUAUUUAUGGAUUCUUGGACGUCAAUAAGGUAGCUGGCAAUUUUCAUUUUGCACCUGGGAAGAGUUUCCAACAGUCGAACGUGCAUGUUCACGAUCUGCUAGCAUUUCAGAAGGACAGUUUUAAUAUAAGUCACAAGAUCAACAGAUUAGCAUUUGGGGACUACUUUCCUGGUGUAAUCAAUCCUUUGGAUGGUGUGCUAUGGUUGCAACAAACACCAAAUGCUAUGUAUCAGUAUUUUAUAAAGGUGGUAUCUACUGUAUUCACUGAUGUAAAUGGGAAUACCAUUCAAUCGAAUCAGUUCUCUGUAACUGAACAUAUUAGGGGAUCAGAAGUGGGUCACCUUCAAUCUCUUCCAGGAGUUUUCUUCUUUUAUGACCUGUCACCAAUAAAGGUGACUUUCACAGAGACGCAUAUAUCAUUCUUGCACUUCCUAACCAAUGUCUGCGCCAUUGUUGGAGGUGUUUUCACUGUUUCGGGGAUAAUAGACUCGUUUGUUUAUCAUGGUCAAAAAGCGAUCAAGAAGAAAAUGGAGAUUGGCAAGUUUAGCUAA